AUGCUGUCCCUCGUGGCGGGUUCGCUGGCGCUCAUCCCCGCGGCGCUGGCGAUCGCUGCGUGGGGCGCCCUGCCGCGCGUCACGGUGUUUGUACUGGCGCACAUGGCUGCUGCCGGCUUCGCUGUGUGCGUCGGCGCGGCGGACUUCUGCGCGCACAGAACUACUGGGCUGCUGGGGAAGAACGACAGAGGUCGCAUGGAAGCAUGGGGACUGGUACUGAUGUGGCCGUUUCAUCUGGGGCUGCGCAUCAGGCUGCAUUGGAAGCGCAGCAACUCCAGAGAGCCCAUCUACAACGAGAUCUUGCCAGGCUGGUAUCUUGGUGGCUGGCCUCCUAAUGCGUCUUCCAUGCCACCUGGCUCACCAGCAGUUUUGGACGUCACUUGCGAGUUUCCCAGAACUCAGAGCGGCAAGGAGUAUUUAUGCCUUCCCACGUGGGACACACAUGCACCAGUGGUGCCCCAAAUCGAUCAAGGUGUUGAAUGGGCACUCGAACGGCACAAAGCUGGCCGAGGUGUCUACGUACAUUGUGCCCAUGGUCAUGGGCGCAGUGUGCUGGUUUUGUGUGCAUGUUUUAUCAAGGGCAAGUUUGCAGCCGAUGGCAAUGAGGCUAUUGAGAUCAUCAAAAUGAGAAGACCAAAAGCAAGGUUGAAUAAACGGCAGAAUGCAGCCUUACAGGCUUGGAUAUUGAAGCACCAAGAGGAGGGUGCACAAGUGAGAACGAAAUGA